AUGUCGACUGUUGUUGGCAGCGACUAUGAGGAGUUCUUGAUGAACCUCUUUCUCGAUGUCGAUGAUUUGGGCGCCGGCGUCAUCGACCCACACCAGAUGUACAAGGCACUGUCGUACACCAUAACUCCGUUCCGGCACCGCUCCAUCACUGAGUUGACCGCGGCGUUCCUGAUGACCCUGGUCGACCGAGACAACACGGGUUUCGUGAACAUGCAACAGUUUUUACGCAUACAUCAGAUUUUCUCCCACUUCUGGAUGGCCUUCCGGAUCUAUGACCCCAACGAUUCGGGUUGGAUUAAGUACACGGACCUCGAAGCUGCGAUGGCGUACUGCUGCCUCCCGAUGACGGAGCGACCAGCGAACGAUGUGCUGCACCAAGUCCACCGCAGGGCCCGGUUGUGUCUUGACCACUUUAUUCGACUCUGUGCUCUGUCUAUGAGCGAUAUGCUUGACCAGUAA